ACCACUGCGCGUAGAAAAUAAAUUUCUAUAGUCCGUAGCGCGAGAGUCGCUCUUCUGCAGUGCGUUCUGCUAGGCGCAUGUAAACAGCUGUGCAUAAAUCCUCGCAGUGUACGCGUUGCUCAAACCCCUUCUCGUGCUGCUAAUAGUAGUAAUAGUGUAGUGUUGUAAAAUGUGCGAACAAAAGCAGGGAUUCCAGCAGUUGUGGGUGUACGGGAGAUGCUGCUGUUUUGUGAAUUGCCAAGUUGUAAAAUGUGUGCUGCAGCAGUCGAGCUCAUUGUUUCAGAUGUUCUGGACCAUCGCUGUACUUAUUCUCUUGUACAGAAGCUAUUGCACACUUGAACAAAACUGGCGAGUGAACAGUCUACCUUUCACACAGAGCUCCAAAAUCAAGAUGUUAGGUUAGGAUGCAUUUAAUAUUUGCAACGGUUGAGGUGAUGACUGAGAAGAGUUUAUCGUUUAUGUUGUGACUGCCAAAGUUUCAUUAGACGCUGGUGCAACCUGAUGCCAUACCUGGUGUCACCGAGACUUCAUGCGAGACCAGAAUCCAGAAAAAAACAACGUUGGAUUAGUCAUUCAUCAGCCAAGCUCAUGUAUGCACCUACCCUAUCUGACUCUGUUAAAAAAAUUUUGUCUGGAAAUCCAAUUAUUAUACGCAUAAAAUGGUUCACCACUGCCUUGAAUCGCUCAUUAAUGAGAUGGGGCAUGAGUUGUUCAAAAUUCUGGUCACUGUGGUACAAUGUAGGAAUGGUCUCAACAAUUCUACUGUUUCCAAUAUCGAUAGUAGUCAUUUUAAAAGUGACACUUAACAUUUGGCUGCACAAUUCAGCAUCGCCAAAUGAAAAGAAAGAACAAGUAUUGGAACUUAUGGUUCCAGGAGUUGACAUUCCUUACAAUGAAAUGGGAUACUACGUGCUCUCAUUAAUAUUAUGCAGUGCUGUGCAUGAGAUGGGACGUGCUAUGGCAGCAGUUAGAGAAGAUAUUAUGAAUACAAUUUAUUAUUACACAUAAUAAACAUAAAAAAUCCACUGUAUACUCAAUGCUUGUAAUAGCGUUGA